ACCAGCCCGACUAGGAGAAGCUCUGCAGUCCAGACCACGGCGGCGGAUGGAACCGUAUAAAAGUACUCGCCGCCGUCGCCGCUGAUCUUUGCACCUCCUGGGUAAUGGUGCUGCACAUCCAUCUCGCGCCCCUCCACUGCUGUCGUCGUUCUGACCGUGAUGGGUGGUGUCAUCGGGCAUCAGCCACAUUGCCUUGCGUCAACUGCCGUCAUGUUACGCUUCCCAACGGCGGGAAACUCAAUUCGAAAUUGGACGCGAUUCUCCGACACUACGCGGGAUUGACUGGCCUUGCGCUGCUCGCCUCGCCAUGCCCAACAAUACCCUCGGCGAUGAGAACGUGCUCCGAAGUCUCGAUGCCGACCGAUUGUGAGCUUCUUUGUAAAGGCGCAAGACGUGGCAAUGCGACGCAGGGUGCGCUAAAAAAAAACUGCCGCGAGUGUAUGAAAGUGUUUGAAACGCCUAGCCAGGCCACAUAUUACCCCAUCCCUGUCGAUAACAUUGUGCACUUUCACAUACUUUUGCCGAUUGACUCGUGCCGCCCAUGUCCACCGCUCACGGUCCACGGAUGCUGCAUCGUGCUCUGAUUGGCGAAUGUAGCCUCAGAAUAGAAUGAUCCCAUGACAGGCCGCGGCUGCCCAACUUCACCGCAGCACAUUGAUCGCCAGUAUGCCGUCACCAAGUAACGGACCUGUGCCUUCCGUACAUCGACUUCGACGUGUGAUCUGGUCACUCGGUGCUCUCCCGCCGCUCGUUACCAAGC